ACCUUACGGAAGGAGUAGGAGGAGGACUUCUCAUCAUGGCGGCAAUUUGAUUUUUCCCCCCUCCCAUCAAAUUAACAAAUCAAAGAUGGGAGUUCAAGGACUUUGGAAACUGCUAGAGUGCUCUGGACGGCCGAUAAACCCAGAAACGCUGGAAGGAAAAAUUCUUGCUGUUGAUAUAAGCAUUUGGUUAAACCAAGCUGUCAAAGGAGUCAGAGACAACCAUGGAAAUUCCAUCCACAACGCCCAUCUCUUGACUUUGUUUCAUCGACUCUGCAAGCUGCUGUUUUUCCGGAUCCGCCCCGUCUUCGUUUUUGAUGGAGAAGCUCCGCUUUUGAAGAGGCAGACUUUGGCUAAACGAAGACAACGGAAAGAAGUAGCAGCCACUGACUCCAAGAAAACUACAGAGAAACUUCUGAAAACUUUCCUGAAAAGACAAGCAAUUCAAACGGCUUUAGGAGGCAAGAGAAAUGAUCAGUUCCCUAGUCUUUCAGAUGUGAGAAGAGAAGAAGUAGAUGAUAUCUAUGCAUUACCUUCUUUACAAGAAGAAGAAAAAAAUAGCUCUGAAGAGGAAGAUGAAAAAGAGUGGGAAGAGAGAAUGACUCAGAAAAAGAUACUGCAAGAAGAAUUAUAUGGAAACCCCUGCUCUGUAGAUGUUGAGUCAGAAGACUUCCAGAGCCUGCCUCCUGAAGUAAAGCAUGAGAUCCUUUCUGACAUGAAAGCAUUCACAAAACGAAGAAGAACAUUAUUUGAGGCAAUGCCUGAGGAGUCCAGUGACUUCUCCCAAUAUCAGCUGAAAGGGUUGCUUAAAAAAAGCAGCCUGAAUCGACAACUAGAGCAUGUGGAAAAGGAGAUGAACCAGCAGUACGCCGGCCAAAUCCAGAGCCAGUAUGAGAAUGAUGGGGGCUUUUUGAAAGAGGUCGAAGCCAGGAGGGUUGUGUCUGAAGACACCUCUCACUACAUCCUGAUAAAAGGCACACAGUCCAAAGGAGGUACCCCCAGAGAUCUGGCAACAACUUCUGCUGACUGUUCUUCCACAAGGCCUCAGGAUGCAAAGCUCGGUACUAGGACCGACAAGUCUUUGGUCAAUGUAACACCACCUCCAUGUGAAUUCUUGAAGACUGAAUCCACCAACAAUACCGUCCCCGCUCCACCUUCUCCCAGAACCAUGCUGGCAAUCCAGGCUGCCAUGUUGGGAAGCAGUUCAGAAGAGGAGAUGGAAGACGAAAAGAAGCAUCAAUUUGAGUUCGAUAAAGUCAGGACUGGCCCUGUUGCAGAGGCAAGCAGUGUGUCACCCAGAACACUGAGGGCUAUUGAGGAAGCUUUGGGUGAGGAGGAAGAGGAGGUUCAGUCACUUGGGUCCAAGAAUAUCCCUGGAAGUCAAGCAGGACAAGUGUUGGUGGACAAGCUUCUCACCAGUAGUUCUGAUGAGGGGGACCAGGAACCUGAAGAUCAGAGUGAAAAAGAACUCCCAGUUCUAUCUACUGGGGAAUCAGAAAAUGAAAUCCUUAACCCAGAGGGUAAACUGGACAAAAAGAAGCACACAUUGGAAACAGGUAUGAGUAUACCUGAAGAGACAGGUGUCUCUUCUGUGGUCGAAGAACUGUCUUUUCAUUCAGCUGAAAAAGAAAGAGGUGAGGACAAACGGGCUUCCCAAAUGGAUGCAAGUUUUCAGCAAGAUGACAGUGUGAUGCAGCAGCCUCUGAGGUCUUCGAUGCAGUUGGCUGCCCUCAGCCCUUCAAAUUGCACAGCGUUGGACCCAAAGCAUGGAAAAGUAGAAUGUUCAGGAGCCUCAGUUUGCCAGCCAGCCAGGAAUGCUUCUGACGUGCAACAUGCGCUUUCGUUUAUUCCCGAAACAGCGAGUGUUUGUGAGGAAAGGACGGAAAAUCAGUCACUAUCUGAAGAGAGCGAUUCUGGUGAUAGCUUCAUCGAAGUGGGUGCCGAACCAAGUAGUGACUUUCAAAUUGAAGCUGACCAGGAGGAAGAAAUGGGGGCUGCCGCUUUGGUGGCUGUGAAGGAAGGCCUUAAGGGUGCCCCUGAGAAACUUCCAGAAGAUGCCGGUGAAGAUACAGAGCUGGUCAUACAGGAAAAUGUGGAGACCAGAGGCAAGGAGGAGGAGGCAGUUAAUGAAUGGCAGGAUAUCAGUAUGGAAGAAUUGGAAGCCUUGGAGACCAACCUUUCAGUUGAGCAAAACACACUCCAGGCUCGGAAGCAGCAGCAGGAGCGUAUUGCUGCCACUGUGACUGGACAGAUGUUCUUAGAAAGUCAGGAACUUUUGCGCCUUUUCGGCAUUCCGUACAUCGAGGCCCCGAUGGAGGCAGAGGCUCAGUGCGCCAUUCUGGACCUCACUGAUCAGACCUCUGGGACCAUCACAGACGACAGCGAUAUUUGGUUGUUCGGAGCCCGGCAUGUUUACAAAAACUUCUUCAGUCAGAAGAAGUAUGUAGAAUAUUAUCAGUAUGUGGACUUCCAAAAUCAACUCGGUUUAGAUCGAAACAAGUUAAUUAAUCUGGCAUAUCUGCUUGGUAGUGACUACACAGAAGGCAUUCCUAAUGUUGGUUAUGUAACGGCGAUGGAGAUUUUGAAUGAAUUUCCUGGGCGAGGAAUGGAGCCCCUUUUCCAGCUUAUGGAAUGGUGGACUGAAGCUCAAAAGAGUAAGAAGACAUGUCCCAAUCCGCAUGAUACUAAAGUGAAGAGAAAAUUACGGCAGUUGCCGCUCACGGCUGGCUUCCCAAAUCCUGCAGUAGCCGAAGCUUAUUUGUACCCAAUUGUGGAUGAGUCCAAGGGAUCCUUUGUCUGGGGAAGGCCAGACUUGGAACUGAUCAGAGAGUUUUGCCAGAGUCAUUUUGGCUGGACCAAGUUGAAAACAGAUGAAGUCCUGCUGCCUGUCCUCAAGCAGCUGAAUGCUCAGCAGACGCAGCUCCGUAUCGAUUCCUUCUUCAGACUAGCGCAACAAGAGAAGCAAGCCAUCAAGAGUCAAAGGCUUCGCAGGGCUGUGACUUGCAUGAGGAGAAAAGAGAAGGAUGAAGAAGCAAGUGAAGUCUUGGAGGCUACGGCAGCCAUUACAGAAAAGGAAGGGAAGAAGCAAAGCGUGACUGGAAUCCAGAACCGCCGGGGCAAGAGGAAAAAGCUGUCCAAACAACAGGGCUUUCUAGGGGGAGGUUUCAUAGGGGAGGUGCAGCUGUCAGAGCCAUCCAGUGGGUCAUCAGGUAACGAAUCAGAGCCUGAAACUUUGGGUGGCUGUUCCAGAGAGAAGAGCACCAAGAUGCUCAAAACCGUGAGUCCCAGUGCUGCUAAGGACCAUGAAGCACCGAUGGAUGAAGCAGAAAAUAGUAGCUCCAGCACAGAGGAGGGAGUGACAAUGGUGACUGCAAGGCCUGUUUUUGAGGGCAAAAAGGCAAAGGGUUGGUCUUCAAGAGGAAGAAGAAAGAAAUAACUUCAUUAACUGAUAUGGGCACUUCUUAAAAACUUUUGUAAACAGCACCAUGAAGUUGUCGCCAAAAAGGAUUAAUCAUCCCCUUCUGACUCCCCCCCCCCUCCACAUUUGUAUAUAUUGGCACUAUUUAAACAAGACCUUUUUUAUAGAGCAGUCAUGCACAGAAAUAUGUUAAACUUCUUUAAAGGACUAAUGUCAGAUUCUCUCCCUUGCAAGAAAACUUUCAUUAGAAUAAAAGUGAGUCUGCCUCUUGAGAAGUUUCUGAAGGUGAUCUUUAAUAUAGAGGUUUCUCAUAGCGGAAAUGGAAUUGUUCUGUAAUGUCACCGAUCUGUCACUCAGCUUCACGCAUCAUGAAAUGUGAUAAGCGAUAAGUCGCAUCCGAACCGUCCCGUGUCUGCAUUCUGCUAGAAGGAAUAUUUUGGGCCACUUCAGAUGCUUCAUUCCCUAUUACUUGCCUAUAUUGAAAAUCAUUUUAAAUGUGACAUUUAAGUGCAGUGUUGCGUCCAACAGCAGUGGUGGUGCAUGGGAAAUGGAGAAGGGGAGGGAUAUGUUGGUCACUUAUCAGCCCGGCGUACAGAUUUGCUACACUUGAUAGUCUCUUAAACCGAUUUUGUUUUAAAAUAGCACACUUUUGGAGUAAUGCAACUUUUUGUUGGAGUAUGCCACUUCAGGUUUGGUACCUUUUAGAAGGUGGAUUUCCAAGUCAAUUGUUGCAGAAAGAAGUUCGCUAAAAUUUACUUUUAUUAGGCUUAUUCAACAACAAAAAAAAUCAGGUCAAACUUUAACUCUCUGCCUUAGAAUACCAGUGCCUGAAACAUCAUUUAUCAAGCUUACAACUUAUAUAGCAGUUAUAUAAUAAUAAAUACACCAACUUAUUCUUUUCCUUCUCAUCCAUAGCAACAGAAUCCUUAAUUAUUUUUUAUUAUGACAUCAUCUCAUGAGCUUCUUUUGGGAUCGUUAUAAUGGCUGAUGUCUUUUGCUGUAGUGUAGUCCCCAUGCA